AGAAGCCAUUUUGAUCGAAUUCAUCAUGGUCUCCAGGGAGUUUGUGCGGGGUCGCAAAGGACCUAUGCUGAUCAAGUUGAUGCCGAUGUCACAGUUAUCGGCUCUGGUCCUGGAGGGUAUGUUGCUGCCAUCAAAGCAGCUCAGCUUGGAUUUAAGACUGUCUGUGUAGAAAAAAAUGAAACACUAGGUGGAACCUGUUUGAAUGUUGGAUGUAUUCCUUCCAAGGCCUUGCUGAACAACUCACAUCUGUAUCACUUGGCCCAUGGAAAAGAUUUCGCUAAUCGAGGAAUUGAAAUCACAGGAAUCCGUCUGAAUCUAGAGAAGAUGAUGGAACAGAAGAGUGGUGCAGUGAAGGCCCUAACAGGUGGAAUUGCUCAUUUAUUUAAACAAAACAAGGUUGUACAUGUAGCUGGGUUUGGAAAAAUAACUGGCAAAAACCAAGUCACUGCAACCAAAGAAGAUGGCAGCACACAAGUUAUCAAUACAAAGAACAUACUUAUAGCCACAGGCUCAGAAGUUGCUCCCUUCCCUGGAAUUACUAUUGAUGAAGAUAAUAUUGUGUCAUCCACUGGUGCACUGUCACUGAAAAAGGUCCCUGAAAAGAUGGUUGUCAUUGGUGCAGGAGUCAUUGGUGUGGAACUGGGUUCAGUUUGGCAGCGCCUCGGUGCAGACGUGACAGCUGUUGAGUUCAUGGGCCAUGUUGGUGGAAUGGGAAUUGAUAUGGAGAUCUCUAAAAACUUCCAGCGUAUUCUUCAGAAACAGGGACUUAAGUUUAAACUGAACACCAAAGUUACCGGUGCUACCAAGAAACCAGAUGGAAAGAUUGACGUAGCUGUUGAAGCUGCUGCUGGUGGCAAGGCAGAAGUCAUAACUUGUGAUGUGCUCCUGGUUUGCAUCGGUAGACGUCCUUUUACAAAAAAUCUAGGUCUUGAGGAUGUUGGAAUUGAACUUGAUAAGAGAGGAAGAAUCCCAGUCAAUAACAGAUUCCAAACCAAAAUUCCAAACAUCUAUGCUAUUGGUGAUGUAGUUGCUGGACCUAUGCUGGCCCACAAAGCCGAGGAUGAAGGCAUUCUUUGUGUGGAAGGGAUGGCCGGGGGAGCAGUUCACAUUGACUAUAACUGCGUACCCUCUGUGAUAUACACUCACCCCGAAGUGGCCUGGGUUGGCAAAUCAGAAGAACAGCUGAAAGAAGAGGGUAUAGAAUACAAAAUCGGGAAGUUUCCAUUUGCUGCAAACAGCAGAGCAAAGACAAACGCCGACACAGAUGGCAUGGUGAAGAUACUGAGUCAAAAAUCAACAGACAGGAUGUUGGGCGCUCACAUUUUAGGCGCAGGUGCUGGGGAGAUGGUUAAUGAAGCUGCCCUUGCUAUGGAAUAUGGAGCAUCAUGUGAAGAUGUAGCCAGAGUUUGCCAUGCCCAUCCAACAGUGUCAGAAGCCUUCAGGGAAGCAAACCUAGCGGCAUCUUUUGGCAAAGCCAUCAACUUCUAAAAUGAAAGAGCAGGUCCUUGUACGCGUAUGGUACAUCUCUGAAAACGGACUGUGGGCCCUUAGGGAAGGCUGAGUCUGAGUCUUUUAGGACUGAAUUAAGUGAAUAUCUUAAUUUUAAACAUCAGAUAUUUAAACAAGUAAAGUUUGGAACAAGUGGAUUUAUCCAGUCUCUGUAAAAUAAAUACUUAAUCUUCUGUUUAUUUACAUGAUGAAUGUUGCAGAAAAACGGCCUGACAGGACUCUUCUUCAAAACCAAAUGUUUUGCUGCUGCAUGGAUUAUCGUGUGUGCUGGUCAAAACUCUGGAUAAGUGUCCAUCAUACCUGGUGUUUUCUUAUCUGAAGUAGUGAUAGACUAAGCCAGUUGAAUGCUGGCACUUACAAUGCCACUGGCACUUAAAAUGCCACUGUCACUUCCGCACAAAGACGUGUUUCCUUCUGAAAGGAUUAACUUGAGAAUUUAACCUACUUCUUACAUACAAAUACCAAAACUUGUUUUGACCUAGUAGUGUU